UCUCUCACUUCCUGCCUCCGGAGUAACUGCAACAGGUUCCGUAUUUUACCGCACUCAUGCCUCACCCCUAAGUAGCAACUGCGGAGAACACCAGGGUUAGAACGCUAGCCCUGUUCCGUUACGGACCAUUUAUUAGCAGAAGAAAUGUCCCGAUGGUGACCUGGGCAUCUGCUGAGAUUGGUUGACACGCUGAAGUUGAAGAUAAGGCCCGUCAGCAUGAUCACCUUCUGGUUGCUGGUGGCUCUCUGGACGCCGUCGGCAGAUGGUCACCCACUCCUCACCACAGAGGCUGCGACCAAACAAACAAGUAAUGCCAACCUGGAGACCAGAGGAAAUGAAGAAGCGGGGCGGUCCGCUGCGGAACGCACGGCCGCAGGAACCGAGCUGACUUCAGUGGGGGGUCCAGCACUGGCAUUUUCGACACCGAGCUACACUCAGAGCAAAGUUCCAGAUGCCCUCUCCUCUCCUAUGGUAGCCUCUAACACGAGAACCCGGCGAGACACCUCGCUGCAGUCCAGUAAACCAUCAACAGAACCUGCGGAGGCUGCUCAUUCAUCUACCACAGAACAUAAAACCAGUCACAGACCACAACGGGAUUCUGCUGGUCUUGACUCAGGCCACGCAACCACUUUGACAACAACCGCACAAAGACCCCGUCAGACAUCGGCUCUGCCAACUACCUCGGGAAAAAAAGUCACUCUGACGGAGACUAUCGGAAUGACCACGACCAGCACGAGAGCGACGACAGCGAAAAUUGGUGCCACAUCAGAUCAGAAAUCAAGUCCAUUUAGCCAAUCAACAACAUCCUUAUUAAGGGACAAGACCACCGUUACCAAUAAAACUCCAGUCAAGUCAACUCCAAGCCGUACCACCUUUUCCACGCGUACAACUACUACGGACAACGCUUUAACUACCACCAAACUAACUGCAACGACUGUAUCCUCGACCAGCACUGCGACUACUAAAGAAAUAUCCAGUACGACUCAAGAAAACAACGUUAGUGGUGCAGGCACUACAGUGGGUGCUAUCAUAGGAGGGGCAAUAAUAAUCAUGAUUGGGGCAAUCGUGUUCAUCAUGUUGCGGAAGAAGCGCAGGCAGGAGAGGAACAAGUACAACACCACAUGGGCCGGCCCCACACCCUUCCUGGAUGGUGAGAUCCAGUCUAACAUUCCUUUAGGCGAGGACGAUGAUGGCGGCAAGAGGCAGCCACACAAGCGAAUCUCGGUGCCCAACUUCCUAUCCGGACUCUCAUCCAAACGCGAGUCUCUCCUCAAGGAUGAGGAGGAACAGGUGCCCAUGGAAGGACUGGUGCAGGGAAGCACCUUCAGCAGGCCUCAGGACGACGUGUCCCCACCCAGCAACGGCAGUGUCCUUAGCGAAGAAGCACAGCCUUUCGAGGCCACGCCCACGCCAGAUCCUGAAAGCCCGUCACCGGAUACCUCGACCAAGGGGGAAGACAACCUUGGACAAGAUCCUAUUGAAGACGACGCAAUGCCCACUCCACCAAAAACAGAGACCCAACCUGACCCUCCUGCACCUCUAGUGGAGGUCGACCUCGAACCCCCACCAGAACAGGAGGCUCUUCCACCUCCACCAUCAGAUGGCCCAAUUGUCCCACCUCCGCCCCCUCUACCGCCCUCUACAGAGUGACGCAGAUCGUUGCAAGCAGCCCAGCCAUAGUAAAGCAUUCGCCUUAAGCCUUGGGGUUAUUCAGUAAACACAUGACUUCCGACUGCUUAUUCUUUAUAUACAGCUUUGCCGUACAUUGGGAAAAAGGGAUGACUGGGGAGGGACAUCUAGGUCAACACUGGUGGUGGUGGUGGUGGUGGUGGUGGUGGUGGGGGGGAGUUGGCGCUCUGGCAGGUGGAACCUCUCUCUCUUUGGGAAACUACAGCAAUUCACACAUUAAUCCAGGGUGGCUGGGGCGCUGCUUUUGUGAGCCAAUCAGCAUACGGGAUGUAUGACGAGGGCGGGUGCAGGCUUAUUUGUGAAGUGAGCAGGGGGAGCCUUGCAGGCCCGGAGGGAACACGUAUCUAGUGAUCGCAGAGCACAGGGACAGCGGGGGCCAGGGGCCGGAGAUCGAUGCAGCCCCAGUCACUGCAGCGCUGCAGUGCGAAGAUCUGGCAGUCACCGCGGGGGAAAACCACGGCCGAAAGAGAACCGCGUCUAUGUCACUUCGAGCCGGGACAGGAAAAGCCCAUGGCAGCUCGCUGCAAAAAGGAGAACAGACUAUCAAGGUUGCUAGAGCACAGACAACACUUACGCCAGCUACUGCCUUCGCAAACGUAAGGGGUGGUUAUUAAAAACCGAAUCCUCCAGCGGUGCCUCUGUAUGCUAUACAUUGUAAAAUAAGCUUCUGCAAACAAAUAAAUAUGAAUUU